CUCGCAGACGUCGCCCACACGCCCACGUUGUCCCCCCUCAAGCCUCUACAUCGAGAAACCGGCCCUGGCCAGAGGAAUUCGACAUCGACAGCAAACACAGGGGGAUUUGAAGACCAAGGCCAUCUCAGCAGCAGCAGGUCGUUAACAUCUAUUGACAACAACUAGAGCGUGCUCUGCAAUGGCGUUCUGCGAGGUGGAAUCGGAGAUUGAUCGCGAAUUUGACCUGGGGGUACCAAGCGAUGAUGGAUUCCCGAUGAACCUGAUGAGCAACGAGAAUAUCACCUGGACGGUGGAGCGCGAACGAGGCAUCUCCUUUGACCUGACCGCCCUCACGGACCCGGACCUCAGGCACCAAGGCGUCAGCGGCGGCGGCGGCGGCGGCGGCGGCAUGCCCCUGACCCCCGAUGCUGGGGGCGCUCUCCUUGAUGUCACGAGGCGUGAGGUUAAGCUAGAGGCCGAGUCCGGCGUCAAGGAGUCGACCUUCGGGCAUCCCUUCGGCGGGCAGUUCCGGCCUCAGCCUCGACCAGCCCCGCCGUCCCCGUUCAGCCGGGGGGGAGGGGGUGGGGGGGCACCCAUGGGUCCCAACAAGCGGACGCUCCCGCCGUCUUUCGAGCUUAGGGAGUCUUGCUCGGCGAAGAGACAGUGGGACCCCACACCUCCGCCGCAGCAGCAGCCUUCCCGCACCCUGGGCAGAACGCGGUCGCGGAGCAUGCGCCCUAGCGCCGCUGAGGCUGCCGCCGCCGCCGCCGCUGCCGCUCCCCCGGCAGCAACACCAGGUCGAAGCAGAUCCGGCGGUGGCGGCGGUAGAGCCAAGGCGGAAGCAGCGGGAGAGGGGCGGGGGUCCGCCACCGCAGGAGCCCCCCCCCCGCGCCGCAGGCACGUGCGGGGCGUGGACACGGUGGCUCUGGCGGCGGAGCUUGGCCUGGUGGACAGCCGGCGGUACGGGGGAGGGGGGGGGCGACGCGGGAAGGGCGGAGCCCCGUACCGCGUGGGGGCGUACACCCUCGAGGAGCGGGCGGCCCUGGUGGCCAGGUUCCACGCCAAGCGGGGGCGGCGCAUCUGGAGGAAGAAGAUCAAGUACGACUGUCGGAAGAAGCUGGCGGACAAGAGGCCGCGCCUGAAAGGCCGCUUCGUGACCCAGGAGGAGCUAGAGGGGCUGGACCAGGAGACCUUGGCCAAGGUCACCGGUCUGGGACCGUGGCCGGAGGACGAGGACGAGGACGAGGCGGAGACCGGGGGUGACGCGGAAUCGGUGUCCGAUAGCUCGGACGGUGACGGGGGUAGCCCUGCUGCGCGCCCGACGGCAACACGGUGUCGUAGUGGCGGUGCGGGGAAGAGCAGCAGGCGGCGGAAUAGUACCGGUAAGGCGGGGUCCCCACGGAAGGCGAAAAAGGCGCGCUGCGGCGGCGUGUCGAAGGCUGCUGCGGCAGCCGCUGCUGCGGCGGCGGCGGCGGCGACGGCGGCAGCAGUGACGUCCAUGGAUGAGGACGAAGAGGAAGAGGAGGAGGAGUUGGAUCUCGAUGACGACGACGGGGAUAUCAGCACCAGCGCGGCAUCGGAGGACAGCCUAGGCGAUGAGGAAGGCAGGGGCACGAUGAAAAGGGUCAGCAGCAGCUGCAAGGUGUCGGCGAUGUUCGCCGUCAAGACAGAGGCGGACAUAGACAUGCCGGACCACCAGGAUCACCAGGCCCCGGACCUGAUCGAGCCACAGCAGCUUGUGGUAGAGGAGGAAGAGGAAGACUACGAGCAUGAUGACGCCUUCAUCGAUGCUGAAGAUUACGAGCCGACCGACCCUGUGUUCGGUUUCAUGAUCGACGACAUACUCUCAAGCAACUUCAACGUCGUUCCCAGCCGAGACAGCAGUUCUGCGGCGGGGGUGGCGGUUAAUUAAGUUGGGGGGAGGAGGGGGAUACGCUUAUGGGAUAUAGUACUUGUUGGAGGGGGGGGGGUUGGACAUUGGAAACCAAACGGGAUGUUCUUGUCGCCGGGAUCUUCCGACAGCAUAAAAUAGCGCUUUGCACAGCUGUGCUGCUAGAUCUAGCUAGCGUGUCCGUUGUCGUGCUCGGGGUUGCGCCGAGGAACGAGGCACCUAUGUAGUGCGGCUAGCAUUCGGUGCGUUUUUCCUUCUACACCCUAAUGUUGCUUUUCCCGGCUUUCGAGAUAGUUGCACUCGAUGGUCAGUCUGCCACACGGCUUGCUUGAUUGCAGUGAUAAUCUUGUCGUUGCCCUUCGCCUGUGGCAGCUGUGGCUCGGAGCGUCGCGCGGCAGCAAUGCUCGGCGCAUUGCUCGUGGCGAUCAAUUCACUCCAUCUUACGCAUGCACACGCGCACUUUCUCUCCCUUAAGCGUGUUGAUGUUUGUUUUGUUGUGCUUUCAUCACGUAUCGCGUAGGGAUUCCCCGCGGUUCAUCCAUUGUUUUGGCGUGUGUGUCUGGGUGUACUCGUAUGCAUCUUUUUCAGUGCCUCUAUCUACUAGAAACGACCUUGAAAAUUUUCGGAGCUUAAUUGCCUGGAACAUUCUUGAGUUACUGAGUUGCCAGUGAGAGUGCGUGUUAAAAUCCCCCCAAUUUUGUGGGCUCGGGGCGCAAGAUAUAGUCACGUUGGGGCGCCCACCCCAGUAGAAGUAGCCAGCCUGGGUAGACCAGGCUGCUGUGCCACCACACAGCAAGUGAUGAUACUAUUUGUUUCUUACAUGGUGGGGACGCGAAUAUUGAUGGUCUCCCCACGUCGCCCUUUAUCGUUCGUUCAUUGGUGUAUUUUUCAUUUUUUGGAUGGUUCGCUGCAUGUGGCUGUUAUUUUUGAGGCUUGACUGAUUGCUGCUGUGGAGGACACUUGACAAGUCUCUUAGCGUCGGCAGGUCGACAAGUGGGCGAGCCCUAAAAUUUCGUAAGUAGAUUGUUAGCUGAGGUAUAGAGAUGGGUUUAAGGAGCGCGCUGUUGCAGCCCUUGUUUCCGUAGUGAGACUUUGCUGCUUUCCUUCUUGAAAUAGUAUUUGUAGGCACGACGUGUACGGUGGGUUGGAUAUAUGGCGAGGCAGCGCAUUUUUAGUGUACAUUGCACGAGCUCACGGCUGAGGAUCGCGGCAGGCAACAUAUUAUUGUGGAGAAAGAGGACGAGAGAGAGAGAGAGAGAGAGAGAUUGUUGGGAGGGGGGUGCCGAUCAUCUGAAUUAGUUGGCCAUGCUCAGAACCAUGCAAUGACGGAAGGCGUACGAGCUCAUACAUAAACAUGCAUGCGUCCGUGUAGCUGAGGACCCAUGCGAAUGAUUAGGGAUCACAAAGGUGGAGUCCAUCACAACGCGCAGGGGGGGAGUUCGGAAGAGGGGCCGGUUAGGUGCGAUACUCUGCAGAUUGGGGUGUACCGACUGGUGAGAGUUUUUUUUUUACAACACUGCGCGGCAACACGCGGAAAUAGUUGCACCGCAGAAACUUGGCUUGUUGAAGACUUGUGCUUGAACCAGCGUUUUUUUUCCUUCCAUGUCGAGAGGGAAAGCGACAUGUGACAUCGCGUAAAAGUUGACUUGUGAAUGUGAUUGUUUGCGCCUCCUGCUUUAUAUCAGGUUUAUCCGCUGUGUCGUGGGCAUCACACCACCGCAGGAACAUCUGUCUGUCUGUGGUCUGCGUAUGGCCCUCUGUGUCCCCCCGACUCGUGGUGCUUCCAACACUCGCCUUCUUGGUGGUUGAUAUGGAGCACAUUCAGCGUGAUCCUUUGGAUGAAAUAUAUCGUAAUCAUACGCAGAAGGCUGAGGACGCGUCCUUGAAGUGCCCAGCAGUUUCCUGUUUUCGCGUGCAUUAGAUCGAUGCUGAUGAUGACUGUUAGAAAUUAGUGUAUACACGCAUUCUUCAUGCUAUCGUAUACCUCCCACUGCGCAUCUGCAACUAACUGCUGCCUGUCAAUGGGCACGACUGUAGUAGCCACGUGAUGAAUGGACGUCAAUGUUUGUGGAGGCUCCUCAUCGUCAAGGAUUAUUUCUUCAAUCUGCCAACA